AGCAUGAGACUGAAAAGUCCUUGCUCAGGGUGAGUAUUACUGAGCAGUUUGAAAAAGGCCGGAUUUACACAUUCAUUGGGGAGGUGGUUGUUUCCAUGAAUCCUUACAAAAACUUGAACAUCUAUGGGCGGGACACGAUUGAGCAGUACAGAGGAAGGGAGCUGUACGAGAGGCCUCCUCACCUCUUCGCCAUUGCUGAUGCUGCUUACAAGGCGAUGAAGAGGCGAUCCAAGGACACCUGCAUUGUGAUAUCAGGUGAAAGCGGGGCUGGGAAAACUGAGGCCAGUAAAUAUAUCAUGCAUUACAUAGCAGCCAUUACCAACCCCGGGCAGAGGGCUGAGGUGGAAAGAGUGAAGAACAUACUGCUGAAAUCCAACUGUGUGUUAGAGGCCUUCGGCAAUGCCAAAACAAACCGGAAUGACAAUUCCAGCAGGUUUGGGAAAUACAUGGAUAUCAACUUUGAUUUCAAAGGAGACCCAAUCGGGGGGCAUAUCAAUAACUACUUACUAGAAAAGUCUCGUGUGAUUGUGCAGCAGGCAGGAGAGCGAAGCUUUCACUCUUUUUACCAGCUGCUCCAGGGGGGGUCUGACCAGAUGUUACGUUCUCUGCAUCUACAGAAGGAUGCAUCUGCUUACAACUACAUCUGUCCUGGAGCACAGAUAAAGUGUUCCAUCAAUGAUGGUGCAGAGUUCAAAGCAGUAGCUGAUGCCAUGAAAGUGAUAGGCUUCAAGCAAGAGGAGAUUCAGACUGUCUACAAAAUCGUGGCGGCCAUCCUUCACCUGGGGAACCUGAAGUUUUCUGUGGAUGGUGACACGCCUGUGAUCGAGAACAGCAAGGUCGUGUCCAUCAUUGCAGACUUGCUGUCAACAAAAUCGGACAUGGUGGAGAAGGCUUUGUUGUUCAGAACUGUCGCUACAGGUCGGGAUGUCAUUGACAAACAACAUACUGAACAAGAAGCCACCUAUGGCAGAGAUGCCUUUGCAAAAGCGAUCUACGAGCGCCUCUUCGCUUGGAUCGUGACACACAUCAAUGAUGUGAUUGAAGUGAAGAACUAUGACACUACAGUACAUGGGAAAAACACAGUCAUUGGAGUCCUGGAUAUCUAUGGCUUUGAAAUCUUUGACAAUAACAGCUUUGAGCAAUUUUGCAUUAAUUACUGCAAUGAAAAGCUACAGCAGCUCUUUAUACAGCUGGUUCUAAAGCAGGAGCAGGAAGAGUACCAGCGAGAGGGAAUUCCCUGGAAGCAUAUCGAUUACUUCAACAACCAGGUCAUCGUCGACCUGGUGGAGCAGCAGCACAAAGGGAUCAUCUCCAUUUUGGAUGAUGCCUGCAUGAAUGUUGGAAAAGUAACAGAUGAGAUGUUCCUCGAGGCUCUUAACAACAAGCUGGGGAAGCACGCUCACUUCUCCAGCAGAAAGCUUUGUGCCACUGACAAGACGCUGGAGUUCGACAGAGACUUUCGGAUCAAGCACUACGCUGGAGAUGUGAUUUACUCAGUCACUGGAUUUAUUGAUAAAAACAAGGACACUUUAUUUCAAGACUUCAAGCGCCUCAUGUACAACAGCUCUAACCCUGUGUUGAAGAUGAUGUGGCCUGAAGGUAAACUGAGCAUCACUGAGGUAACCAAGAGACCUCUGACAGCUGCUACUCUUUUUAAGAACUCCAUGAUCGCACUAGUGGACAACCUGGCAUCGAAGGAGCCCUAUUACGUCCGUUGCAUCAAGCCCAACGACAAGAAGUCACCGCAGCUGUUUGACGAGGAGCGGUGCAGGCACCAGGUGGAGUACCUCGGCCUGCUGGAGAACGUGCGGGUGCGACGCGCCGGCUUCGCCUACCGCCAGACCUACGAGAAGUUUCUGCACAGGUACAAGAUGAUCUCGGAAUUCACUUGGCCAAACCAUGACCUCCCUUCAGACAAAGAUGCUGUGAAGAAGCUCAUAGAGUGCCAUGGAUUUCAGCACGACGUGGCUUAUGGCAAGACCAAGAUCUUCAUCCGCACGCCUCGAACUCUCUUCACCUUGGAGGAACUGCAUGCCAAGAUGCUUGUGAGGAUUGUCCUCUUCCUACAGAAGGUUUGGAGGGGCACUUUGGCUCGCCUUCGCUACAAGAGGACAAAGGCUGCCCUCACCAUCCUCAAGUAUUACCGCCGCUACAAGGUGAAGUCCUACAUCCGGGAGGUUGCACGGCGCUUCCACAACGUGAGGCAGAUGAAGGACUAUGGCAAGCACGUGCAGUGGCCCACCCCACCCAAAGUGCUGCGCCGGUUUGAAGAGGCACUUCAGACCAUUUACCACAGGUGGAGAGCAGGUGAACUCAUCCGGAGCGUCCCACCAGAAGUCCUACCUCAACUGAGGGCCAAGGUUGCUGCCAUGGAAGUGCUGAAGGGUCACAGAGCUGAUAUUGGCCUACAAAGAGCAUGGGAGGGGAAUUACAUCGCCCUGAAACCAGACAACUCUCAGACCACGGGCUCUUUCAUCCCUGUUGCCAACGAGCUGAAACGGAAGGACAAGUACAUGAACGUUCUCUUCUCCUGUCACGUCCGCAAGGUCAAUCGCUUUAAUAAGGUGGAGGACAGAGCAAUCUUCAUUACGGACCGACACCUGUAUAAGCUGGACCCUAUGAAGCAGUACAAAGUGAUGAAGACCAUCCCCCUCUAUAAUUUGAUAGGAUUGAGUGUCUCCAAUGGAAAGGACCAGCUCGUGGUCUUCCACACGAAGGACAACAAGGAUCUCAUUGUCUGUCUCUUCAGUAAAGAGCCCUCUAACGACAGCAGGAUUGGGGAGCUGGUGGGAGUCCUGGCCAGUCACUUCAAGAGUGAGAAGCGCGCUCUGCAAGUCAGCGUCACCAACCCGGUGCAGUGCAGCCUGCACGGGCGGAAAUGCACCGUCUCUGUGGAAACCAAGAUCAACCAAUCCCAACCGGAUUUCACCAAGCAUCGUUCCGGCUUCAUCCUCUGCGUGCCAGGGAAUUAG